UGCCAUCCUCAUUGACAAGUCAAAACAAUGGUGAGCUUCCCACCGGCGCGCGGCCGCACACUGAACAAGGCACGCAAUGAAAAUGCUCUCAUCAAAACCGACACAGAUGGAUAGUCUCGUUCAACCACUUGUUGCCCAGUAUCUCGCUAUGGGAUGCCAAUCCAAAGAAAAUGGGCAAAAUGAAAAUGUGGGAUCAAAUGGAAAGGAAAAAGAACAUCCAAGGCCCUCUCUCUCUAAGGUCUGCCCGCCUGUGCCUACUCGGCCCCAGCGGUUCAACAGGCCCAAUCUGGCCCAGAUGACCCAGGGCAAGGUCAUGAUGUCUCUGGGACACUAUACCAAGGGGGCCAGCUGGGAAGAGCUGAUCCAGGCCUGUAUCCAGUCCUUCGAUGCGGAGGGCUGUGUAUGUGGGAGCAGCCACCUGAUGAACAUCACCCUGACCAUGCACCGACUCCUCAUGUCCUCCAGUGACCUCCUGGAGAAACUCAUCUCCCUAUUUAAAAGCGCCCUGGAGAAUAAGCAGUCCACAGAGUGUAAGAGGAUCUGUUACUUUAUUAGGUAUUGGAUCCAGGAGUUCUGGACGAUGUUCCGGUUACACAGCAGCCUGUCAGACUCCAUGGAGCAGUUCCAAGAUCUGGUCAGGGAUCAGGGCCAGGAAAGGCUGUGCCCUCUUUUGCAGACUAAAUGGAUAAAUGAUAGACACUGGUCUCAGAAGCCCAGUCAGAGGAUCAAGGCUAACAGCAGUAAGAAGAGGAAAGUGUCUCUGCUGUUUGAUCAUCUGGAGCCCAUUGAGCUGGCUGAGCACCUCACCUACCUGGAGUUCAAGUCCUUCUGUAGAAUAUCAUUUGCAGACUACCAGAACUAUAUCCGCAGCUGCUGCAUGAAGGACAACCCCAUGAUGGAACGUUCCAUUACAUUGUGCAAUGGUAUCUCCCAGUGGGUGCAGCUCAUGGUUCUGAGUCGGCCUACAGCUCAGCUGAGAGCAGAGGUCUUCACCAAGUUCAUCCAUGUGGCUCAGAGCCUCCAUCUUAUGCACAACUUCAACACACUAAUGGCUGUGGUGGGGGGCCUGUGCCACAGCUCCAUCUCCAGACUUAAAGAGACCAGUUUGCAUGUGUCCCACGAGGUCACCAAGGUGCUGAAUGAGAUGACAGACCUCCUGUCCUCCUGUAGGAACUAUGACAACUACCGUCAGGCGUACAGCAGGUGUGCAGGCUUUAAGAUCCCCAUCCUGGGGGUCCACCUCAAGGACCUGAUCUCAGUCAACGAGGCCAUGUCAGACUACGUAGAGGACAACAAGGUGAAUGUUCAGAAGCUCCAGGCUCUGUACAACCACAUCAACGAGCUGAUCCAGCUACAGCAGAUCACCCCACAGCUCGAUGCCAAUAAAGACCUGGUCCACCUUCUCACGCUGUCCCUAGACCUCUACUACACAGAUGAUGAGAUAUAUGAGCUGUCUUACACCAGGGAGCCCAAGAACAGCAAAGCACCCCCAGCCACCCCAUCUAGACCUCCAGUGGUUGUGGAGUGGGCAUCAGGAGUGGCCCCAAAACCUGACCCCAAAACCAUCAGCAAACAUGUGCAAAGAAUGGUGGAUUCCGUGUUUAAAAACUAUGACCAUGAUGAGAAUGGCUACAUCUCUCAAGGAGACUUUGAGAAAAUCGCUGCUAGCUUCCCAUUCUCCUUCUGUGUUAUGGACAAAGAGAAGGAAGGCCUCAUCAGUAGAGAGGAGAUCACAGCCUAUUUCAUGCGCGCUAGUGUCAUCUGCUCCAAGCUGGGUCUUGGCUUUGUCCACAACUUUCAGGAGACCACCUACAUGAAGCCCACCUUCUGUGACAAUUGCUCCGGAUUCUUGUGGGGCGUCAUAAAACAAGGCUACAGAUGCAGAGAUUGUGGGAUGAACUGCCACAGGCUGUGUAAGGACCAGGUGGCGUUUGAGUGUAAGAAGAAUGCCAAAGGCAGCAGCACCUCUGAAGGUCCACUAACACCCGGCUCCACACCCGGCACUACAGGUGGGCCGGAAGGCUCAGAAGAGGGGCCUUUCCCCUACCCAUCAGAGGAAUGUAGGGACUGGAGCCCUGACUCUGCGCCCCCCUCCCAUCUGAGGCUCCCCCCUAAGCUGUCCAUGCCUGUGGGGGUCCACUGUAGCACCCAGACAGAGGGCCCUCCCGCCCCUGCCUCCCCGCCAGAGCCCAGUCGGCUACAGCCAGUACAGCCCUCUCUCUUGGCCCCCGUACCCCCCUCCCUCACCCCAUGCCCCAGUCCGGUGCCCCAACGCAAACAACGGGCCUAUGCCAAGUGGGAGAACAGAACCUCUACAGUGCUAAAGCCCAGGGAGCCGGAUGAAGAUAUAAAACCCAACUAUGAUGCUCUGGAAACGGAGAACCAGAAGCUUCAGAAGAACAACGAAACGCUGCGUAAGAAGCUGAGGGAGACGCAGCGCGAGGUAGAGAUCCUGCAGACACUUCUGAAGAGGCACGCCCUGCACCCUGUGGUGGAGGACUCGUCGUCCUCCUCCUAGCCAGGAACAAACACCCUUCAGCAGGUCAGACAUACCCACUUUAUGACAUCACAUGUGAUGCUCAGCCCUCUUUCUCCAGAGCCACUGACAGUACUGUUUGUCUUAAAGGACCACAGCGCCACACAAUCAAGAUACACAGAGGGACCUAAACGUCCCUGUGAGGAGACACUGUUACUCACAUUGUUUCAUGCCAUGGGUACCUCACAGUGCGGUACAUACAGCCACUCUAAUUACCAGUUGCAGCCAAUAUGGGGUUAUGAGGCAUAGCCAAUGAAAGUACCGUCCUGAAUAGGACACAGCCAGUCAAAGCACUGUACCAGCCAUUAUGGAACAAAGCCAAUCAGUGUGACAUUGGGUUGGGGACUCUGACAAUUAGAAUACCACACAGUAUGGCCAGGACACUGGCCAAGUUCAUUCAGGUGUACUGUGUAGUUAUUAUCCUGUCUUAAGUAAUAACAAGGUUGCAUAUUGUAAAUCCAUGUGAUUUCAAUGUCACUGUCAAUAUUUAUUGUUAAAACACUACAAUACAGGUAGAUAUAGAUAUAGAUAAAUCAUUGUUUUAGUCUUUAUGUAGAUAGGUGCAAGAAGACAUUUUCUAAAAAGACUACAUUCAACCACAGUGUUCUUAUGUAUAUUUCAUCAGCUCAGUGCGGUCCAUAGUAGCAAAUAACAUACUUUUAGAUGUUUCACCAAUGACGUACCAUGUAAAUAACCUAAGCAUAUCAUAUAUUGUGGUGCCAUUGUACCAGUAGUUUCUCUCAAGAUGUCCUCUCUCAGUAUUGCUGUCAUAAUGAAUGUUAUAAUAAAGACAUUUUCUCUAUU